UACCACGACGAGGAGCAUGCCAACUUGCUGAACACCAUGUGGCUGACAGCAAUCACGUUUCUGUCUGUCGGGUACGGAGACAUCGUGCCCAAUACGUACUGUGGCAGGGGCAUCGCGGUCACUACGGGCUUAAUGGGGGCUGGCUGUACGGCCCUGGUUGUUGCUGUGAUAGCGCGGAAGCUGGAGCUCACCCGAGCUGAGAAACACGUCCACAAUUUCAUGAUGGACACUCAGCUAACGAAACGACUUAAAAACGCAGCGGCCAACGUACUACGCGAGACGUGGCUCAUCUACAAAAACACGAGACUCGUGAAACGCGUCAACCCUUCCAAAGUGAGAGCGCACCAGCGCAAAUUCCUCCUCGCCAUAUACAGCCUCAGAAAGGUUAAAAUGGACCAAAGGAAGCUCAUGGACAAUGCCAACACAAUUACAGACAUGGCGAAGACCCAAAAUUCCGUGUACGAGAUGGUGUCGGACAUGAACGCCCGCCAAGAGCUGUUCGACGAGCGGCUGGCAUCGCUCGAAGAGCGGCUGGUCGCCAUCCACGAGCAGCUGGAGGCCUUGCCGGACGCCGUGGCGCGAUGCUGCCACAGCUCCCUGUCACAGCCGCCGGUGCCGAGCCAGUCCUACCCUCCGGGCUCCCUGCUGCCGUCUCAGCAGCAACAGCUCCAACAGCAGCAGCAAGUGCCCCCGGACUGCGGGGGACCGUACCCGGCGGCCGUGCCAGGACAGCCUUCGUACCCGCCGCACCCUCCCCCCAAGCACACGCACCUGCACCCGGAUGACGCGGCGUCGCUCACCUCCAGGCCCAGCUGGUCCUCUGUCAACCUGUCCGGCGGGAGACUGGGAGUCAUGGCGCCGCCCAUGGUGGCCAGGUCCGGCUCCACCGAGAACUGA